AUGACAGUGGUGCCCGGGGAGAACCUGGAUGAGACUGUGGCACUGGCAGCCCUGUCCCAAGAUGUCUACGACCCCGAGAGAGCGGAUCAGGAGUGCUGCGAGAGGGUGGUCAUCAACAUCUCCGGGUUGCGCUUCGAGACUCAACUGAAGACCCUCGCGCAAUUCCCCGCAACCUUGCUUGGGGAUCCCAGGAAAAGAAUGCGUUUCUUUGAUCCGCUAAGAAACGAGUACUUCUUUGACAGGAACCGGCCAAGCUUUGACGCCAUCCUCUAUUACUACCAGUCUGGUGGCAGGCUACGGAGACCUGUCAAUGUUCCCGUGGACAUUUUUAUGGAGGAGAUUAAGUUCUAUGAAUUGGGAGAGGAGGUCAUCGAAAAUUUCAAGGAAGAUGAGGGUUUUAUCAAAGAAGAAGAGCGACCGCUGCCAGACAACGAGUUUCAGCGGCAGGUCUGGCUCCUGUUUGAAUACCCAGAGAGCUCUGGACCCGCCAGAGGUAUAGCAAUAGUUUCUGUACUUGUGAUAUUGAUAUCAAUUGUCAUCUUUUGCCUGGAGACGUUGCCGGAGUUUAGGGAGGACGGGAAAAUUUACGAGGACCAUCUUGCAUUGAAUGGGACUGUAAGCCCAAAGAAGCCUAAUCCAUUCACAGACCCGUUCUUUAUUGUUGAAACCCUCUGUAUAAUUUGGUUCUCCUUUGAAUUACUGGUGAGGUUUCUGGCAUGCCCAAGCAAGCCCGCCUUCUUCAAAAACAUUAUGAACACAAUCGAUAUUGUGGCAAUCAUGCCAUACUUCAUCACCCUUGGUUUGGAACUCGCGGAACACCAAGGAAAUGGUCAGCAAGCAAUGUCUCUGGCGAUUUUGAGAGUGAUACGUUUGGUUCGUGUGUUCAGAAUUUUCAAGCUCUCUAGGCACUCCAAAGGUCUCCAAAUCCUUGGGAAGACUUUACAGGCGAGCAUGAGAGAACUGGGCCUCCUAAUAUUCUUCCUAUUCAUUGGAGUCAUUUUAUUUUCCAGCGCCGUGUAUUUUGCGGAGACAGACGACCCCGAGUCGGGGUUCAGUAGUAUACCCGAUGCGUUUUGGUGGGCAGUGGUAUCCAUGACUACAGUGGGGUACGGGGACAUGUGCCCAGUAACCAUCGGUGGAAAAAUUGUCGGAUCUUUAUGUGCCAUUGCUGGCGUGCUAACAAUUGCACUGCCCGUCCCUGUAAUCGUGUCCAAUUUUAAUUACUUCUACCACAGGGAGACGGAGCAUGAAGAACAAUUCCAAUACACCCAUGUAACGUGUGGCCAACAGCAGCCAUCGUUUGGUGAAUUUAAAAAGAGUGACAGCAAACCGUCCUUAUCAAAAUCAGACUACCUGGACUCUGAGGAUGCAGAUUCUAUUAAAUACACGAAUUGCAGUCCACAUAAAGCGUAUACAGGAAAGCUUACAGACGUAUGA